AUGUAUGUAUCGGUGCCACAAAUCGGUGUACUCGUCGUGCAUAGGGAGAGACAUCCAUCGCUUGCACCCAAUCAGAGCCAUAGCCAUCACCACAACCCGCACCUCAACCAACACUCCCAUCACAACAGCCAUCACUCGAACCACAAUCCGAUCCAUCACUCACUUCACCCGACGGUCAGUCAGUCCCAGUCAGUCACUCACAGUCAUCACAAUCACGGCCAUAGCCCUCAGGGGCCGACACAUCCCUCACAGCCAUCACAUCACACCGUUAUGUUGACUAAUGGACAGACGGCACAAUCGGUGGUCAUCGCAGCCAACGAUAUGCAGAACUCAGUCCACAAUCAGAAACACAAUCAAAACUCCAACCGAUCUCAAGACGACGCAAUGGUUCGCUAUUUCUUUCAGAGGCCGCAAACGGAUCCCGACUUUCAAAACUACAACAAACACAGCCGAUGGGCGUUAGGCGACGACUCU